AGCUGAUCUCUUCGGAGUUACAUGCACGGCUCGGACUUACUUAAGGGGUCAGUCCCACAUUUUCUUGUGACUAUUCAUAGGCCACCCCGCUUUUGCCUUCAUCUUCUGGCCUGUUUGAAACGUCCCGUGGAAUACAUUGUGAAACUGCACAAGAUUCGUUGAUGAAUCUAGACGAGAUCAUCUAGGGCCAAUACGCAUUUAUUACACACAUGUGGAAAAUGUCCUCUACACAUGAAGAAAGUUCAAAUAUGUCUGUUCCCUCUUCCACUUACUCACCACUUCCACCGAAGUCAUAUACACGAAUGAUCCGCCUUUUGCCAGACGAGGAUAAGGACGCCCCAAUCAGAUGCGAACUUUUCAACUACAACCUCUCACACUCAGGCGACGAGGGGCAUCUCUAUGAGGCGCUUUCCUAUGUUUGGGGAAAUCCAGUCACAUCUCAUUCCAUUAUUCUCAAUAGCCGUGGGUUUUUAAUAACAGAAAGCCUUCACACCGCAUUGUUACACCUCCGAGACAGUCAGUUAGAAAGAGUACUAUGGGUUGAUGCGAUAAGCAUCAAGCAGGAUGAUGACAAUGAAAAGAGCGAGCAGAUCCCACUCAUGCGGAUGAUCUAUGCACAAGCCAGACGUGUUAUUGUCUGGCUGGGAGAGGCUCAGGAAUAUGGAGAUAAAGCACUUGAGGUUCUCGGUUCUCUUGGCAGAAAACAGAAUCCAAAGCCAAUAAAUGAAAACGACCGUGAGAGAUGUGAGAAACUUCUACAACGAGACUGGUUUCGCCGCGUCUGGGUACUACAAGAAGUCGGUGUCGCGCAGUAUAUUUCUAUCAUGUGUGGCUCUGUUCAGAUCAAUGGACAUAUUUUCUGUGAGGGUCUGGAUAAUUUGAAGCCUUCUUCCACACUCAUCCCUAGAAUCAGCCCGGUCUCUUUUCUUAUGAAAGGGGCGCUCUUUCGGUCUCAUGGUGAGCAUUAUUCCACUGCUACACUUUCCAUUGGGGAGCUUGUCAGCAUGUACCGGAGUCAUAAUGCAACAAAACAGCAUGACAAAGUCUAUGCAUUACUGGGUUUAAGUUCAGACUCAAAUAGUGCUGCGUUAGUCCCAGAUUAUAAGCUUUCUUGGCAUGAGGUCUUCAGGCGUGUCUCACAACAUGUUUUCCCGAAAUGUUCUGUAGGGAUAUAUUAUGGGUCAGAAACAGCUAUUAUCAAAGGUAAAGGAUGGAUUUUGGGUUAUAUCUAUUCAACCAGCGACUCUCUACAUGACAGUCAACAAACUUUCAAAGUUGCUUUCAAUCAAACUUGCCAGAAGCUGGGAUAUCGUGAUAAGUGGAAGGCUGAAUGGAGUUUACAAGCUUCUGGAGAGUUACUUCAAGAUGGUGAUAUUAUCUGUCUUCUUGAAGGCCUGUCACAGCCAAGUAUACUCAGAUUAUGUGCAGAUUACUACACAGUAGUAACACCUGUGGUACGACCAAAGGUACAGGCACAGCAUGAGAACGACAAUAUGAUAGCUGGUGGAAGCCAUUCUUCAUAUGGUCUUUGUGAUAUUCUUCUAGUCUGGAAGAUAUCCCUGGCUGAAGACAAGGUUAAUCUACAGAGCCCAUCAAAACUCAUUGAUAUUACACCAAACUGUCAUGAGAAGUUUUUUGAGACUGAGCGAAGACUGAAUCAUACAGCAUAUGUUCUGGUAGAUGCUGUUAUGGAGAUAUCAAAGCUCAAAGUUUCUGGAAAGACAGCGUUGGAUAACAUACUAUCCAAGGGCAGGAUAAAAGAUAUGGAUAACCAAUCUCUAUUUCAGGAAAACAAUGAUCUCAGGAGUUUGAAAAUUGCAAUUGAGCAAGCUCUGUGGCAGCAAGUUGAACAUUGCUAUGCCUGGAAAGAGGUGCUCGCAGUUGCAGUACAAGAUUCCGGUCCCUAUGGAUACAUUAUUUCAAGCAUUCUCCUUCAGAAUCUAGGGGAGAGGCUACCGGUCUCUGAAGCGGUGGUCAAGGCGGCCGCA